ACUGCAGCCAAAAACGCCAACAGCUAGCUGAGUAGAUGGAAUAUAGAGAAAGGAUGGUAGAUGUGCUUCAUUUAUUUGUGAGUGGACCACAAAAUUUAAUAGAUGCCAUUACAGAUCUUCGAAUCAGAAUAUUUUCUCCAUGACGUUGUAAUGGCAGUGUCGGUUGGAAACGCAAAAAGAACGACGUAAUUAAAGAAGCCGCAUGCAUCGCCAGGCGCUUUAAAAUCCUCCCAUGUUCAGGCACCUCAACAGACCGAAAAAAACGACAUCUCCACUAACUAAUCGCGCGCUUCGAUCGGCAACAUGGUCAGCUCGCCACCCCGUCCCAACAAGCACCUCAAAACCCUCUACGAACUCGUCGUAAACAACUUCCUCGCCGCCGUCGCUGUACCGGCCACGGCCAUCGUCAUUCUCCGAAAAGCGGCCCAACUCGGCCCGGACGAGCUCCUCACCCGGUUACAUGGACUGCAGCAGGUCCACCUCUUCCUGGCCUUCUUCCUCCCGCUCGCCACGGUCACUCUCUACGUCGUCCGCCGCCCUCGCAGCGUGUACCUCGUGGACUACGCUUGCUGCCGGCCUAAGCCAAACUGCCGCGUGUCCAUGGGCUCCUUCACCGAGAACGCCCGCCUCAUGCCGUACCUCGAAGGCGGCAACUUCCGCUUCUUGACGCGCAUGCUCCAGCGUUCGGGCCUCGGCGACCAGACCUACCUCCACCCUUCCUUGCAUCACAUCCCGCCGCGCUGCAGCUUGAGCGAGAGCCGCGACGAGGCGGAGCAGGUCAUCUUCGCGGCCGUCGACGAUCUCUUCGCCAAGACGUGCGUCAGUGCCGGAACGAUCUACAUCCUCGUCACCAACUGCAGCGCCUUCAACCCGACGCCCAGCAUGGCCGACAUCAUCGUGAACAGGUACAAGCUGCGGGACGACGUCCGCAGCGUGCACAUCUCCGGGAUGGGGUGCAGCGCGGGGGUGAUCUCCGUGGAAGUCGCGAGGAACCUCUUGCAGGCGGCUCCCCGGGGCGCGAAUGCACUGGUGGUGUCCACGGAGACCACCUCGCUCAUCAACUACACGGGGAAGAACCGCGCGAUGCUGCUGCCGGCCGUCCUGUUCCGGAUGGGCGCGGCCGCGGUGCUGCUGUCGACCUCCAGGGCCAAGUCCCGCUUCCGUCUUACCCACGUCGUGCGAACGCUCACCGCGGCCGAGGACAGAGCUUACCGGUGCGCGUUCCAGGAGGAGGACGAGGAUGGGCAAACCGGAGUGAACUUGUCCAAGGACCUCGUGGCCGUUGCUGGAGAAACGCUCAAGGCCAACAUCGUGGAAAUCGGGUCCCUCGUGCUCCCGCCAUCGGAGAAGCUGCUGUUCGCGCUCUCGAUGAUUGCACGGAAGGUGCUGACCAGGAAGAUCAAGCUAUACGUGCCUGAUUUCCGCACGGCGUGCCAACACUUCUGCGUCCAUGCCGGUGGCCGCGCGGUGAUCGACGCGGUGCAGAGUAGCCUACGCUUAUCUGACGAGAACGUUGAGCCGUCGCGGAUGACGCUCCACCGGUUCGGUAACACGUCGAGCAGCUCAUUGUGGUACGAGCUUGCAUACAUCGAGGCUAAGAAGCGGACUCGGAAGGGUGACCGGGUGUGGAUGGUCGGGUUUGGGUCUGGGUUCAAGUGCAACAGCGCCGUGUGGGAGUGCAUCAGGUCCGCCGGCAACAACACCACUAUUGGAGCGCCGUGGGCUGAUUCCAUCCAUCAGUAUCCUGUGAACAUCCCGGCGGUCAGCUAGGCACGUACGCUAGUAUGAUACAAUCCUCCUAAAAACCAGUACGAAGACUGUGCGAAAUGUAUUAAGGAGAUGUGAUAUAUAUACCUUGUGCAUUUUCCGCGUGAUUAAUUUCAACAUCUAUAUAUACACGUUUUUAUAGUCUUCUCCUUCAUCUAUUGUACUCUACUUCCGUUUGUAAAUAUAAGAUGUUUUAAUUUUUUCA